CCGCCCGGAGGAGGCGCGAACCGCGGCGGGAUUGACUGAUUUGGGGUGGGGGCGCGGUGGGUGAUGGAGCAGCCCGAGGACAUGGCGUCGCUGAGCGAGUUCGACUCCUUGGCGGGCAGCAUCCCGGCCACCAAGGUGGAGAUCACCGUGUCCUGCAGGAACCUCUUGGACAAAGACAUGUUUUCCAAGUCAGACCCACUGUGUGUCAUGUAUACUCAAGGCAUGGAGAACAAGCAGUGGCGAGAGUUUGGCCGCACAGAGGUCAUCGACAACACGCUGAACCCCGACUUCGUGCGCAAGUUUAUCGUGGAUUACUUCUUCGAGGAGAAGCAGAACCUCCGUUUUGACCUAUACGACGUUGACUCCAAAAGCCCUGAUUUAUCCAAACACGAUUUCCUGGGCCAGGCCUUCUGUACCCUCGGAGAGAUCGUGGGGUCCUCUGGCAGCCGUCUGGAGAAGCCACUCACGAUAGGGGCGUUCAGCCUGAACUCCAGGACGGGCAAACCCAUGCCAGCUGUGUCCAACGGAGGCGUCCCCGGAAAGAAGUGUGGCUCCAUCAUCCUGUCCGCAGAAGAACUCAGCAACUGCAGGGACGUGGUCACCAUGCAGUUCUGUGCCAACAAGCUGGACAAGAAAGACUUCUUCGGGAAGUCUGACCCCUUCCUGGUGUUUUACCGGAGCAAUGAGGAUGGCACGUUCACCAUUUGCCACAAGACGGAGGUCAUGAAGAACACCUUGAACCCAGUGUGGCAAACCUUCUCCAUCCCUGUGAGAGCGCUCUGCAAUGGCGAUUAUGACCGGACCAUCAAGGUGGAAGUGUACGACUGGGAUCGAGAUGGCAGCCACGACUUCAUCGGGGAGUUCACUACCAGCUACCGGGAGCUGGCGCGCGGGCAAAGCCAGUUCAACAUCUAUGAGGUGAUCAACCCGAAGAAGAAAAUGAAAAAAAAGAAGUAUGUGAACUCUGGAACCGUCACGCUGCUGUCCUUUGCUGUGGAGUCCGAGUGCACCUUCCUGGACUACAUCAAAGGAGGGACCCAGAUCAACUUCACUGUGGCCAUUGACUUUACUGCCUCCAAUGGCAAUCCCUCGCAGUCCACAUCUCUGCACUACAUGAGUCCUUACCAGCUGAAUGCCUACGCGCUGGCGCUGACCGCUGUCGGAGAAAUCAUCCAACACUACGACAGCGACAAGAUGUUCCCCGCGCUGGGCUUCGGGGCCAAGCUGCCCCCCGACGGCAGGGUGUCCCAUGAGUUCCCGCUGAAUGGCAACCAGGAGAACCCCUCCUGCUGCGGCAUCGACGGCAUCCUGGAGGCCUACCACCGCAGCCUGCGCACCGUGCAGCUCUACGGCCCCACCAACUUCGCCCCCGUGGUCACCCACGUGGCCAAGGCGGCGGCAGCUGUGCAGGACGGCUCGCAGUACUCCGUGCUGCUCAUCAUCACUGACGGGGUCAUCUCAGACAUGGCGCAGACCAAGGAGGCCAUCGUCAAUGCUGCUAAACUGCCUAUGUCCAUCAUCAUCGUGGGUGUGGGCCAGGCGGAGUUCGAUGCCAUGGUGGAGCUGGACGGGGAUGAUGUGCGGAUCUCCUCCCGGGGGAAGCUGGCGGAGCGGGACAUCGUCCAGUUCGUGCCCUUCCGGGACUACGUGGACCGCACCGGCAACCACGUGCUGAGCAUGGCGCGCCUGGCCCGCGACGUCCUGGCCGAGAUCCCGGACCAGCUGGUGUCCUACAUGAAGGCGGUGCUUUGUUGA